ACAACAGACGUCGCUACUGACUUUUUAAACGACGCUAUGGAUGCGCCGGCCAAAAAAGUACCAAAGAGGGAAAUAGAACAAAAAUCUUAUUCAGACGAACCGCAAGACAAAAGAAGUAGAUCCUGCCCGUAUUUAGAUACUAUAAACCGCUCAGUAUUGGAUUUUGAUUUUGAAAAGUUAUGUUCGGUAUCAUUGUCCAACUUGAAUGUUUAUGCGUGUCUAGUUUGUGGAAAAUACUUUCAGGGACGGGGACAGAAAUCGCAUGCCUACACACAUAGCGUUCAAGAAGGCCAUCACGUUUUCUUGAACCUAGCCACAACAAAAUUUUACUGCUUACCAGAUAAUUAUCAAAUUAUCGACCAAUCUUUAGAGGAUAUUGUAUACGUCUUGAAUCCAACCUAUCCAAAAAAGAAUUUAGAAGUUAUUGAUUUAACUGACAUGCCCUCCAGAGCUUACGAUGGAACAACGUAUUUACCUGGAAUAGUUGGAUUAAACAACAUUAAAGCUAAUGAUUACUGCAACGUUAUUUUACAGGCACUCUCACACGUGCAACCACUUAGACGUUACUUUCUCUUCGAAGAGAACUAUAAGGACACGAAAAGGCCUCCCGGAGACAUUCUUUUUUUUAUUGUCCAGAGAUUCGGUGAACUGAUUCGAAAGCUAUGGAAUCCUAGAAAUUUUAAAGCUCACGUUAGUCCUCACGAAAUGCUGCAGGCUAUUGUCUUAUGUAGUAAAAAGAAAUUUCAGAUUACUGUUCAAGGUGAUUGUAUUGAAGUAUUGUCUUGGCUAUUGAACUCUUUACAUGGAGCUUUAAACGGUUCUAAGAAAUUAAGCAGUAGUAUAAUUAAUCAGACUUUUCGUGGAAAGAUGCGGGUCUAUUCGAGAAAAUUACCAGCAGUUGAUUUAAAAGAAUCGGAGAAGGAAAGACUUUUACAGUGCGAAGAAUAUCAAGUGAUGUGUGAAGAAAGUCAAUUCUUAUACUUAACUUGCGACCUUCCACCUCCACCCCUAUACCCUGAUGAGCAAAGAGAAAAUAUUAUACCUCAAGUACCAAUUUAUCAAGUUUUGAAUAAAUUCAAUGGUAUAACGGAAACUGAGCAUAAAACCUACAAGGACCUUUAUAUGAAAAGAUACGAAAUAACUAAAUUACCACCUUAUAUAAUACUAUAUAUGAAGCGUUUUACAAAGAAUAUGUUCUUAAAGGAGAAGAAUCCGACAAUUGUUAAUUUCCCCGUUAAAAAUAUAGAUUUUGGUGAACUUCUAUUGCCAGAAGUUCGUGCUAAACAUAAAGUAACAAGUUAUAAUCUUAUCGCAAAUAUUGUUCACGAAGGAGAGCCUGGUAGUGGAAUUUAUAAAUGCUAUAUUCUUCAUAAGGGUACUGGCAAAUGGUAUGAAAUGCAAGAUUUAAUGGUUAAAGAAAUUCUACCUCAAAUGAUUACUCUAUCUGAAAGUUACGUACAGAUUUACGAGCAAAUGUCUGAAGAAGGAAGUAAGAAAUAA